GCCUUGUCCUACAAUAACCACCAGCCAUGGGUGGCAUUUGCAGAUAUAAUUCGAAACUCAAUGUACACUAUCCUCAAUCCAGCUAUUUUCUAUUUUUGUUCUUAAACAAUUUUGUUUUAUGUCUAUCAAUUUCUUCUCUAUGUUAACCCCAAUAGCAACCAAGACUACGCCUUGACUCGUCCUCUCAUUGGCUAAAACCUAACCAAUCAUGGCGCACUCCGAAGACGAGUUUAAGGAGGUUGUGUCUGUCGAGCCCCCAAUACACGACAAGCAUGAUGACAUUUUUUCCGAUCCGACAUCUGCCACUGAAGAAAAAACGACGACUGGCCAAAACCUGUUUACUACACAAAAGUUAUUUCAAACAGGAUCAAAGCCAGCCUCAUUCCUUGACCGAGCAUCAAUCACCUCCAAACUUCCGCACCCGUCCAUUUUAUCGUCACGGCUAUCAAACACCAAGUCUAUUGCCUCUUCGAACCGAGCUUCUUUCCUGCCCAUACUAGAGGCACUAGGCAGUGACGCGGAUAAUAGCUAUAGAGACAGCCAGCUAAAGCGGGCCCAGCACGAAAAUGUGAAACGGAAACAGUCCGUGCUGUCGGAGAUGCGAGAGAAACAAUCGAUUGUAGUGGACAACAUCAAAGUGCAGAGGGUGGACUUCAAGCAUCCCAAGGAGCCGUACCUGCUGGCUGUGGUCCUCGUCGUCAGCGGCCUGGCCUCGGGCUACGAGAACGCUGCCUUUUCUGAGGUGAAGAAAAUGAUGACGAGCCAGUUCGAACUCGGGGAACUCUGGACCAAGGCCCUGUCAGAAAGCUUUAACAUAUGUGCCGCGAUGGGCUCUCUUUUGGCGGGAUUUUCCACGGACACCGUCGGGCGCAAGGUGGCUGAUUUCCUUACCUGCGUUCUUUGGGAUUGCACAGUUGGUAUUUCUGACAGCGUUUCCUGAUUCGCCACGUUACAAGGUGAUGAUGAAUGACUCGCUGGCGGCUGACCUCAUUCUGAAAGACCUACGUCAGAUUCCCGACACCAGCAGAGAACUCUCCGAGAUAGAAAGAUCUGUGUCGGUGAACAGGCCAGUCCACGGCUGUAAAGUGAUCAAGGAGAUCGCCGUCACUCCGCACGUGCGCAAAGCUGUGCUCACGGGCUGUCUGCUGGUGGUCCUGCAACAAUUCUGCGGCAUCAACGCUGUUAUUUUCUGGAUUUCCCACACUCUGCGAAACGCCGGGUUCAACCUAGGGAACGUAAACUUUGGUCUGCUGAGCGCGGCUUGCAACAUGUUGGCCACCGUCCCAGCUUUCUGGAUGGUGGAGAGAAAUGGCAGAAAACCGACGUUGGUGAUGAGUUAUGUGUGACCUGUUACAAUUGCGUGCGGGAUAUAUCGUGUGGAUUUUGCUCCAUCAAUGUUGACGGUGAAGCCGUAGAAGGCAGCUGUGUACCAGCCGAGAGCAAAGACUUCGCCAGCGUGGGUCGCUGCAUGGACAACAGUACAUUCAAGUCGAAGUAUGAGAUUAUUUUCAAAUUCUCCCUCUGCCCUUCACAGUACUCCAUACUCUCUGUGAUGGCCAUCUUUGUUUUUCUUCUGGCUUAUGGUCCUGGGGCAGGACCCAUGACCUUGCUCCUGUGUUCAGAGAUGACCCCUCAGUGGGCACGGGGCUUCUCUGUGGGCCUCACGUCAACGCUCAACUGGGUUCUACAUGGCGUCGUCCUUUACAUCUUCGACCGCAUGGGCGAAGAUCAACCUGGCAUGGUAUUCUUGGGAUUCGCAUGCGUCUGUUUCGUAGCAGCCACCUUGACCGCCAUCUUUGUUCAUGAGACAAGGGGUAUAAGUCUGGAAGACACAGAGUUACUGUUCAUGCCCCGGAAGUUGAGAAAGUUGAUUGUGAUGAGGCGACAGGUGGAGGUGGAGAAACUGGUCGAAGCUAAGACUAAGAAGAGACGUAUGAUCUGA